AGUACUGCUACGGAAGCCUGCGGUGCCACUUCACCAUGGCGACGGCCGCCCCGCGGAGGUUCUGCCGCUGCGCCUGCUUCUGCACGCAGAACCUGUACGUGGCGCGCUACGGGCUGCACCUGCGCUUCCGGGACGAGCAGCAGCUGCGCCGUGACUACGGCCAGCUCCUGCGGAGCCGUGGCUGCCUCAGCUCCCAGGAUUUCCAGCAACUCUUGGAGGAGCUUGAGCAGGAGGUGGGCCGCCGCCGCAGGCUGGGCCAGGAAUCAGCUGCCAGGAAAGCUCUGAUUGCCAGCUCCUACCGUCCAGCUAGGCCUGACAUCUACAGCACACUGCAGGAUGCGUCUCUGGCCCCCGAGUUUGUGGCUGCCGCUAAAUAUAGUGCAUCCCCGGGUGCGCAUCUUGAGGGCCUUCUCCAGCAGCUGGAGACGGUAUCAGAGGAGAAACGCAUCUACCGGGUGCCGGUGUUCUCUGCCCAGUUCUGCAGGGCCCUGCUGGAGGAGCUGGAGAAUUUCGAGCAGUCGGACAUGCCCAAGGGAAGGCCCAACACCAUGAACAACCAUGGGGUAUUGAUGCAUGAGCUAGGCCUAGAUGACCCGCUGGUGACCCCGCUGCGGGAGCACUUCCUGCAGCCGCUGAUGGCUCUGCUGUACCCAGACUGUGGCGGGGGCCACCUUGAUAGCCACCGUGCCUUUGUUGUCAAGUACGCGCUGGGCCAGGACCUGGAGCUGGGCUGCCACUAUGAUAAUGCUGAGCUUACCCUUAAUGUGGCUCUGGGCAAGGCCUUCACAGGGGGUGCCCUAUACUUUGGGAGCCUCUUCCAGGCACCUGCAGCCCUGACGGAGCCCCUGGAAGUGGACCAUGUGGUGGGCCAGGGUAUCCUCCACCGAGGUGGCCAGCUGCACGGGGCUCGGCCCCUGGGCACAGGAGAACGCUGGAACCUUGUCGUGUGGCUCCGGGCAUCUGCUGUUCGAAACCGCCUUUGUCCCAUGUGCUGCCAGAAGCCAGAGCUGGUGGAUGAUGAGGGUUUCGGUGACGGCUUCACCCGGGAGGAGCCCACCACAGUGGAUAUCUGUGCGCUAACUUGAGCCUCGUUCCCCCAGAGGUGUUGG